AUGGCUGGGGAAGCAUCGUCAGAGACGCCAGGCGCGUGGCCCACCAAAGAUGUCAUUUACGUCUCGAUCCUCGGUCCACUAUUGCUCGCAGCUUUAUUGGAGUGGUUCCUUUUCCUUGCUGCAUUUCUAUACUGUCUGGUCAAAGUAUAUCAGAAGGCAGAUCACUGGAGUAUUCGAGCUCUUGCAGCCAUUAUGGCAGUUCUUUUCACACUGUUGAGAGGCAUCUUCCUCCCAGUCAUGAUCGCCAUCCUUCCAUUGCCACCCCAAAUUACGCAGUUCUUCCCCCGUCGACUCGUCUCCGUGCUCCAGUGGUUGGCAUUCUGGGCCUUUUCGGCGCUUCUUAUUAUACCUUGGCUGUUUUGUGUCAACAGAUUCGUUAUUCACUCGUUGGGAAGGACCAAGCGGGUGAAGGAGGCUCUGGACGACCGCACUGCACCCAAAACCGUCAUCGUCAUGCCAGUAUACAAAGAGGAGCCCCACGUCCUUAUUAAAGCAAUUGAUUCGGUCGUCAAUAGUGACUAUCCCAGUUAUUGUAUUCAUGUGUUUCUCUCUUACGACGGGAGUAACAUCGAUGAACCUUAUCUUCAAGUGAUCGGCCAUCUUGGGAUCCCGAUAUCGUUGGACAAUUACCCGCAGAGCAUCGAUGUAACAUAUCAUGGGGCGAGGAUUACCGUGUCAAGAUUCAAGCACGGUGGCAAACGGCAUUGCCAGAAACAAACCUUCAAGUUGAUUGACAAGGUCUAUGCGGAUUAUCUUAAACACCACGACGAUCUUUUCUUGCUGUUCAUCGACUCGGAUUGCAUUCUUGACAGGCUUUGCCUGCAAAACUUCAUGUACGAUAUGGAAUUGAAACCGGGAAGCCAACACAAUAUGUUGGCAAUGACGGGCAUCAUUACUUCCACCACCGAGAAGAACUCGUUGAUCACCGUUUUGCAAGACAUGGAAUAUAUUCAUGGCCAGCUUGUUGAACGUACCGUGGAGUCUGGUUGCGGCGCUGUAACCUGCCUUCCAGGUGCGUUGACGAUUUUACGAUACUCCGCUUUCCGCAAGAUGGCCAAGUAUUACUUCGCGGAUAAAGCCGAGCAAUGCGAGGAUCUCUUUGACUAUGGCAAGUGCUACCUGGGAGAAGAUCGUUGGCUAACGCACCUGUUCAUGAUUGGAGCGAUUGAACGCUAUCAAAUUCAGAUGUGCACCAGUGCCUUUUGUAAGACAGAGGCGGUUCAAACUUUCUGUAGCCUUCUCAAGCAGCGACGUCGAUGGUUUCUUGGUUAUAUCACCAACGAAGUGUGCAUGCUGACCGACGUCAGGCUAUGGAGACGAUACCCUCUUUUGUGUCUGGUACGUUUCAUGCAGAACACGAUCCGGACAACUGCAUUGUUAUUCUUCAUCCUGGUAAUCUCCAUCAUCACAACUUCAAGCAAAAUUAGAAACUUGCCUGCCGGCUUCAUCGCAGUCUCCCUGGGCCUUAAUUACAUCCUCAUGGUCUAUUUCGGGUUGAGACUCAAGCGCUUCAAGGCAUGGCUAUAUCCCCUGAUGUUCAUCUUAAACCCUUUCUUCAACUGGCUCUAUAUAGUGUACGGAAUAUUUACCGCCGGCCAACGAACGUGGGGUGGGCCUCGAGCGGAUGCUGCGAAAGCUGAUGAGCACACUACCCCAGAGGAAGCGGUCGAAAAGGCUAGGGUUCAAGGGGAUGAGCUGAAUGUACAGGUGGAUACCUUUCGAACCAAGGCUGAUGAGAAGGGGGUUCCAAUCCGGCCUUCAUCCAAGGUCAACGGGCGCCUCUCGGCCGUACCGCAGAUUCCAGAUCGUUACUAUGACCGUCAAAGUGCUCUGGGAGCUAGUCUCGCCAAGUACAUGACGCCCCUUCCAGACGUACCUCGAAUCGGGACUCACCCGCAUUACUCGCUUGACUCAGUCGCGACAUCCGACUCUGGGGCAAACUCAAUUUCAUUGCCCCAGCAGGUGGAAACUCUGCUUAGUGCAGAGGAAAGGGUCAACCAUUACACGACUCGCCAGGGGCUGGAAUCUACCGGACUUCUGCAAAGCACGGAUGCUAGCCACGAGGCGGACAUUACCGAGGAUGGCGCGUAUGUGCGACCCAACGAGUACCCGGAAGACAGCAGAGCGUAUGAGUUGCAUACAAUGGAUUUGGUGACCAGUUUCCCAAGCCACAAGUCCCGUGGACCACCGAACGUGCCGGAAUUAGGGCUGCGGCAACCAACGGCUGUUUCUGGAGGCAUGGGUCAAUGUCAUGCGACGGCCGGAAAUCCCCGAAACAAGCGACUUAGCAGAAUCCCGAAGAAGAAAUCGAUGCAGCCGGAACAAAUGGUCUGA